UUGUGGCAUCGAUCUCCUUUUUAUACUCCGUGUCUUCUAUUCCAGUGUAUAAAUCAAAAGCUUCACAAAGCAAAUUUAAAAGAGAGAGUGAUAAAUCUAGUUUGAGAAAUCUUGGCAUGGAACUGUCAAAGAAACUUGGUACUACUGCAUUCUGCCUAGCUGUCACAUUUUUGGUGGCAUAUUCUGAUAAUGUGAAUGUGCAAGAAUCUUUGCAGCAGUAUGGUCAGCAGAAACUUCUGGUAUCACUACCAAGAAAACUCAAACUCCUAGAAGUGGCAAAUGUGGAGAGUUCAGCUUACAAUGGAAUAAUGCUGCGGAAAAGGUUGUUGGAAGGUUCGGCAGGCAAGAAAAGGAUUGGGAAGGAAGAAGAAGUGAUGACGACAAAAAGAGGGACAUGGAGAGAAUGGGUAGAGAGCCCCAACAAAUCAGAAUAUUUCACAAUGGAUUAUUCUUGGGUUAGAAGACGACGUCCAAUACACAACAAGCAAAUUCCGCUCAUCCCAUAAAACAUGGAGUUUGCUACCUUGUUAGUAGUACGAGUAUUAAUUUUUAAGCAUUCAUCAAGUUAGUACUAGUCUUGUGACUUAAUUAGAAAAAUAUGUUAAGUUUUAAAUAGUAGUUUAUGUAUAAUUAGUUAGGGAAGGAAAUGAGGAAUGUGCCUUGUCUGGAUAUAUUUUGUGGCCGACACUUUUCCAGCAAAGGACCCUUACUUUUGUAGCCAAGUUUUUUUUGGCCAAUUUUUACUUAGUUCCAUGUAUAAAUUUUGGUUCUUUCUCUUGGA